GUAAAUCUAGGCGGGCUGUAUCUCUCAUUAUGGGCUCUCAACCUCGAAAUCAUUCAGAUAUGGCCGCGCCUGUGCCAGAGACCAUCGCGCAUCAAACAAUAAUUCAGCAAGCACAAGCCGCAGCUGCUGGACAGCUCGACCAACCACAGCCCGCCAGACAAGAGGCACUCAUCCAGGAAUUUGAUCUCACAACGCCAGACAUUGCCGAAGACGAUUUGCCUCCACCUGCGUACGGCACAACUUAUGGCGAGAUUUGCGAAGAAAAGAAGGGCUUGGGUACCAGUGCUCUCAUCACUGACGAUGGUCGUGUGAAUAUACGCGUCAACCAGCUUAAUCGCCGUUUGUCUGCAGUUUUUACUCCGGCUUUACGUCAACAAGUGAAGAAUGCACAGGAUACUCCUGCACCUCCUCUCCCCUAUAUUCCUCCAUCAUUGGGAGGCGAGGAAGGAGUUUCUCCACCCCCGCCAUUGAAUGUGGUUAUUCAGGUCGUGGGCUCUCGGGGAGACGUCCAGCCUUUCGUUGCCUUGGGAAAAGUCUUGAAAGAAACAUACGGCCACCGUGUGCGUCUUGCAACUCAUCCUACCUUCAAAAUAUUUGUGGAAGAAAAUGGUCUGGAAUUCUUCAGCAUUGGCGGCGACCCCUCUCAACUGAUGGCCUUCAUGGUCAAGAACCCUGGACUCAUGCCGGGAUUUCGCAGUGUUCUUAAGGGGGACAUCAGACAGCGAAGGAAGGAUGUGGGCGAGUACAUUCAAGGCUGCUGGAGAUCAUGCUACAAAGCCGGUGAUGGCAUGACGGUCCAACCCAGUGAGGACGACCUUCUUUCUGGAUCUGAGGGGAAGUUGUCUCAACAGAUUGGGGCGGGAAAGCCAUUUGUUGCCGACUGCAUCAUCGCCAACCCUCCAAGUUUUGCCCAUGUCCACUGCGCAGAGAAGCUUGGAAUCCCGCUUCAUAUCAUGUUCACGAUGCCAUAUUCUCCUACACAGGCGUUUCCACAUCCACUGGCCAAUAUCCAGUCUUCGAAUGCAGAUCCCAUGCUGACAAACUACCUAAGCUACGCAAUGAUCGAAGUUCUCGUGUGGCAGGGAUUGGGUGAUUUGAUCAAUCGGUUUCGCACUAAGUGUCUCGGGCUGGAUCCCGUGAGUGUGAUAUGGGCUCCAGGCAUGUUGCAGCGUCUCAAAAUUCCUCAUACCUACUGCUGGUCUCCGGCUCUGAUACCUAAACCCAAAGAUUGGGGUCCACAUAUCAACAUCUCGGGAUUUUAUCUUCUCGGACUGGCUUCUAAAUACGAUCCUCCGCCAGAUCUUCAGGCAUUUCUCGAUGCCGGUCCACCCCCAGUCUAUAUAGGAUUCGGAAGCAUUGUCUUGGACGAUUCAGCUGCGAUGACAGAACUAAUCUUUGAAGCCGUGAAGAAGACUGGACAGCGAGUACUUCUUUCUAAGGGUUGGGGAGGCAUGGGAGCAGAUGAGCUUCCGACUCCAGACGGUGUGUUUAUGCUAGGCAAUUGCCCUCACGACUGGCUCUUUCAAAGAGUUUCCUGCGUGGUCCACCAUGGAGGCGCUGGCACUACAGCAGCAGGUAUCACCGCAGGAAGACCAACAGUAGUCGUUCCAUUCUUUGGAGACCAACCUUUCUGGGGGGCCAUGGUUGCGCGAUCAGGCGCUGGACCGGAUCCAAUUCCUCAUAAACAACUCACCGCAGACAGGCUGGCUAAUGCCAUCAAUUUCUGCUUGAGGCCGGAAAGUAUGGAACGUGCUAAGGAGCUGGCAAGUAAGAUCUCAAUGGAGCGAGGCAGUGAUACGGGAGCUCAGUCUUUUCAUCAAUUCCUCGAAGUCGACCGACUUCGUUGUUCCCUUGCACCGUCCCGAACUGCAGCUUGGCGCGUCAAACGAACUCAGAUUAGGUUGAGUCCUUUCGCAGCGUGCACUUUGGCGAAUGCAAAUCUUCUUGACUUCAAAGAAUUGAAACUCUUCAGAGCACAAGAAUACGUCGCAGAUGAAGGCCCUUCAGAUCCGAUUUCGGGAUUCGCUACUUCGUUCGUUGGAGCCUUUUUCAGCAUGGCCAUGGGAGUCGCCGACUUCCCAUCAGAGGCGUGGAAAGCUUUAUCUGUGCCAUUUGAUUCCAGACAACAAUCUCAGGGAUCCGUCCCAGCGCUGGCAAGCAAUGGUGAGAGUUCAUGGAUGGGAGACCAAUCGAAUGCCACGACUUUACCGGAUGAAAACCAAACGAGCUUGAAUGAGUCAAAUGCUCUAGCUAACAACUCUCCACGGCCUGGUAUUUUCUCACACGCCUCGAGCAGAGGCUCAACUACUGCAACUGAGCCAUCUUUGAGCACCAAAACAAGCAACACAGGCUCGAGAUGGGUCUUCGGUCGAACUGAAUCCGACCCUGCCCAAGACGCUGAUAUGAUCCGUAAUAAAGGCAUGAGCUCAGACAAAGGCUUCGGCCGCAUUGCAAAAACAGCCUUGUCGUCUCCAAUGGACAUCUCAGUAAGCGUCACAAAUGGAUUUCACAACGCGCCGAAGCUUUGGGGAGACGAUACUGUACGCCCUCAACAGCAAGUCACUGAUCUGAAGUCAGGCGCUCAAGCCGCAGGGAAAGAAUUUGCUUUCGGCAUGUAUGACGGUGUUACGGGUUUAGUCACUCAGCCAUGGAGAGGUGCACAGAAAGAAGGUGUGACCGGCUUUGCAAAGGGGCUAGGGAAGGGUAUCGGAGGAAUUAUAUUCAAGCCCGGCGCAGCACUUUGGGGCAUUCCGAGUUACAUGAUGAAAGGCGUGCACAAGGAGGUACAGAAGCUAUUCGGUAGCAACGUUCAGAACUACAUCGUGGCGUCCAGAACAGCUCAAGGAUACGAGGAAUGGCUGCAGAGUUCCGAGGAGGAUAAGCAGGAUGUUAUCGAGCGAUGGAAUUUGAUUCAGAAAUACGUGAAGAAGAAACACAAUCGCGACGAGAUGGUCAGAGACGUGCUGGAAACGCAGCAGAAGAAGAAUGGGGACGGAAAAGAUGUGCGGAAGAAUGGAAGUAUUUCAAGUUCCUCUCGGUCUGUGAAUGCAGAUUCCGGCAAUUUUACGCUUGUAACGAAUGGAUCACGAUCCAUUGAUGAGUCGUCAGCAGCAAACGACAUCGAAGAGACGAUCCGCCAGUCAGUCAUUGAUAUGUCACGAGGUGACCCAGACGAAGACGCCAACAGGGAGCGAGCUAUUCGAGAAGGUGUUUCUCGCCAUCAAAGUCUCGGGGCCCAACAGCCAGUUCGAACCCGACCACAGCCAAUACCAUAUGACCAUCUUGACUGCCAUGAACUCCUGGCUGCCAACGAAUUUGAUGCUCAGAGACAAGCAAACGAACGGCUGGGUCACGAGAGAAAGCUCAAGCAAGUCAUGAGGCAAAGUCAAAGCGAACAUGACUCUCGAAGCAGUGACAAUCAAACCGAGGCCAUCUUCGAUCUCUACAGCGACGAUAACACCACACCUCAACACUCAGCACCACCCGUGCCUGCCCGUUCGCGAGCUCGAGAGUCGGUGCAGCUCCAGCAGCCUCCCUCAUACACCACUGGUCAGGAACAUCUCGCAGGGACAACACAAGCUGAGUUUGAGUCACAGCAGCGAGGAAGGGCUGGAGAGAAAACAAAGGAGGAGAAGACCGAAGAAGAGAUUGUUUUGGCGUACAUUAAGAAGCAGAGUCUUUUGGAAGCAGAACACCAGAACAGAGGGAGGAAUCGCGUUGGGGAGGGACAGAGGGAAGGUGAGGAUGAAGGAGAUGAGGAGCUGCAGAGAGUGUUAAAAUUGAGCUUACAGGGGCAUGGAAGUGAGGAAGCCUCAGGGAGUGAAGGGAAAUGAAGGAAUGUCAUAUUUUGGUUUGCUCGAAAAGUUUGUUGGAUUGAGAUACCCGGUCACUGGCUAUUAUUAGAUUUUGGAGAUAUUUUGUUUUUGAUUUAUUAUUUUUGUUACAUUUUUCUGCUGAAAUAGAGGCCAAUUCUGUGCCUGAAUUUAGGUGUUGUCUCGUUACUGAAGAUUUGUUGACUACUGUGGCACCUUUCCUCGCCUAAUUUUCUUACAUGUAUAUGGAUAUAAACACCUUAGCCUGCAAGGUAGGAAUCUUCCAUUAAAUGAGAUCUGCUCUUCGUCACAA